AAGAAGAAGAAGAACGGCCCGUGGUGCCGGGCAUCCACCAUGGCUCAGCCCCCGGCCGACAAGAAGCUGUUCGAGAACCUGUCGGGCACCGGCAAGGCCAUCGGCGUGCUGACCAGCGGCGGGGAUGCCCAAGGAAUGAAUGCUGCCGUCCGGGCUGUAGUUCGAAUGGGAAUUUACGUCGAAGCCAAAGUGUAUUUUGUGUAUGAGGGUUAUCAAGGUAUGGUCGAUGGGGGAGACAACAUUGUUGAAGUUUCAUGGGAAAGUGUCUCAAGCAUUCUCCAAGUGGGAGGGACGGUGAUUGGCAGUGCCCGUUGCCAAGAAUUCCGGACCCGGGAAGGUCGCUUAAAGGCAGCUCUCAAUUUGAUUCAGCGUGGAAUCACUAACCUGUGUGUCAUUGGUGGCGAUGGAAGCUUGACGGGCGCUAAUCUCUUUCGGGAAGAAUGGAGUGGACUGCUAGAAGAACUGGCACGAGAAGGCAAGAUUGAAAAAGAGGCUGUGAAGAAGUACGCCUACUUAAACAUCGUGGGGAUGGUCGGCUCCAUAGACAAUGACUUCUGUGGCACCGACAUGACGAUCGGCACGGACUCUGCCUUGCACAGAAUCAUCGAAGUGGUGGAUGCCAUCAUGACCACUGCCCAGAGCCAUCAGAGGACCUUUGUGUUAGAAGUGAUGGGAAGACACUGUGGAUAUCUGGCCCUCGUCAGUGCCUUGGCUUGCGGCGCCGAUUGGGUGUUCAUUCCUGAAUACCCCCCAGAAGAAGGGUGGGAAGAACAGAUGUGCAGUAAGCUUUCAGAGAACCGGGCCCGCAAGAAAAGGCUGAACAUUAUUAUCGUGGCCGAAGGAGCGAUUGACUCUCUCAAUCAACCCAUUACGUCGGAGAAAGUGAAAGAUCUCGUGGUUAAGCAGCUGGGAUUUGACACCCGGGUGACCAUCCUUGGGCACGUCCAAAGAGGAGGUACCCCAUCGGCUUUCGACCGGAUUUUGGCCAGCCGCAUGGGUGUGGAGGCCGUCCUCGCCCUUCUGGAGGCAACCCCAGUCACGCCAGCAUGCGUGGUGUCCUUGUGCGGAAACCAGGCCGUGCGCCUGCCUCUGAUGGAGUGUGUGCAGAUGACUCAAGCAGUGCAGAAGGCAAUGGAUGAGAGGAGGUUUAACGAGGCCGUGGAACUGAGGGGAAGGAGCUUCGAGAACAAUCUCAACACCUACAAACUACUUUCUCACAAGAGACCAGAUGCAGAGCUACCAACGAGCAAUUUCAACGUGGCUGUCUUGAACGUGGGGGCUCCCGCGGCGGGAAUGAACGCUGCCGUCCGCUCGGCCGUGAGAGUCGGCAUCACAGAAGGUCAUAAGAUGUUUGCGGUCAUCGAUGGAUUUGAAGGAUUCUCAAGAGGGCAGAUAAAAGAAAUCACCUGGGGAGAUGUUGGAGGCUGGACUGGCCAAGGAGGAUCACUUCUUGGUACCAAACGUACCCUCCCUGCAAAGUAUUUGGAGCAGAUUGCUGAACAGAUGCGCACUCACAAUAUCAACGCUCUAUUGGUUAUUGGUGGAUUUGAGGCCUACCUAGGACUGCUGGAACUGUCAGCCGCCCGGGAGAAAUAUGACGAGUUCUGUGUUCCUAUGGUUAUGGUGCCUGCCACCGUCUCCAACAAUGUACCGGGUUCAGAUUUCAGCAUUGGCGCAGAUACCGCUCUGAACACUAUCACUGAUGCUUAUGAAAGUUGUCUGCAGUUAGCUGAGGCACGUGGCCGCUAUGAGGAGUUUUGCAUCCCCGUGUGUGUGUUGCCUGCUACUAUUAGCAACAACGUGCCAGGCACCGACUUUAGUAUUGGUGCCGAUACAGCCCUGAAUGCUAUUGUGGAGACCUGCGACCGCAUCAAGCAGUCGGCCAGCGGGACGAAGCGCCGGGUGUUCAUCAUUGAGACGAUGGGCGGCUACUGCGGUUACCUGGCCAACAUGGGGGGCCUGGCCGCCGGGGCGGACGCCGCCUACAUCUUCGAAGAGCAGUUCGACAUCCGGGAAUUGCAGGCUAACGUGGAGCAUUUGACGGAGAAGAUGAAGACCAGCAUCCAGCGGGGGCUGGUGCUCAGGAAUGAGAACAGCAAUGAAAAUUAUACCACUGACUUCAUCUACCAACUGUAUUCUGAGGAAGGAAAAGGAGUAUUCGAUUGCAGAAAGAAUGUUUUGGGCCACAUGCAACAGGGCGGAGCACCCUCGCCGUUUGACAGAAACUUUGGGACAAAAAUCUCUGCUAAAGCCGUGCAGUGGAUUUCUAGAAAACUGAAGGAGACAUACCGGAAAGGAAAAAUAUUUGCCAACACUGAUGACUCAGUUUGCCUGCUAGGAAUGCGCAGACGGAAUCUUCUCUUCCAACCUGUGAUUGCACUAAAGCAUGAAACUGAUUUCGUGCACCGGAUUCCCAAGGAACAGUGGUGGUUGAAACUGAGGCCUCUGAUGAAGAUUCUGGCCAAGUACAAAACCAGCUACGACGUUUCCGAUUCAGGCCAGCUGGAGCACGUGGCUGGGUGCAGACCCCAAGAAGCAGAAACUGGAGCCAUCUAGACCGACGGUCCGUGAUACAGCCCACCUACACUGUGUGUUUGUAAUGAUGCUUUAGAACUCGUCCGUUACCGCUUUGUUUUGUAACAUUUAAGUUAUUGGAUCAGCACUUUAUGCGGAAGACGCCAGUCCCAUUUUCCUCACCCAAGUGUUGUGUUGGCAGUAGAUACCCACUAGCACCAACUUCCCACACGAUCCUUAUCAGUGCUAUCAAUCACCAAUGUAAUCCUUAUGAAUAAAAGACCCCAAAUGCAAAAAUACUGACCGCUCUGGGGUAAAUUGUUCACGUACUGCCCUUUGUUAUUAAAUAGUAUUUCCACUCGAAGCAUAUGUAAAGAAUUAGUUGUCAGGCCCAACGUAUGUGUGUAUCCGAAGUGGAAUAAAUAUAUUGUUGCAAACCGUA